UGGAAGAGGGGAAAGAGGAAGAGGAGGAGGAGGAGGAGGAGGACGAGACAGAUCCCAUCCCAUCCCAUCCUUCCAUCGGAAGCAGAUUGUUGAUCUUUUUGAAGGAAUGGCAGGUUCUGCAGCAGCUCUGCUUCCAUCCGAUCCGCCGCCGUCGAUAUCGAGGAUGACGAUGGAGUCGCCCGUGGUCGCCGCGGAGGAGGAGGAUCUGUACAGCCGCCUCAAGUCGCUGGAGAGGCAGCUGGAGUUCAUCGACAUCCAGGAGGAGUACGUCAAGGACGAGCAGAAGAACCUCAAGCGCGAGCUCCUCCGCGCCCAGGAGGAGGUCAAGCGCAUCCAGUCCGUCCCCCUCGUCAUCGGCCAGUUCAUGGAGAUGGUCGACCAGAACAACGGCAUCGUCGGCUCCACCACCGGGUCCAACUACUACGUUCGCAUCCUCAGCACCAUCAACCGCGAGCUCCUCAAGCCCUCCGCCUCCGUCGCCCUUCACCGCCACUCCAACGCCCUCGUCGAUGUCCUCCCCCCGGAGGCCGACUCCAGCAUCUCCCUCCUCAGCCAGUCUGAGAAGCCCGAUGUCACCUACAGCGAUAUUGGAGGAUGUGACAUUCAGAAGCAAGAGAUUCGUGAAGCAGUGGAGUUGCCACUUACUCAUCAUGAACUAUACAAACAAAUCGGUAUUGAUCCGCCGCGAGGUGUUUUGCUCUAUGGUCCACCAGGGACAGGCAAAACUAUGCUAGCCAAGGCUGUUGCUAAUCAUACAACUGCUGCCUUCAUUAGAGUUGUUGGUUCAGAAUUUGUUCAGAAGUAUUUGGGUGAGGGUCCGAGAAUGGUGCGUGAUGUUUUUCGUCUUGCGAAGGAGAACGCUCCUGCUAUUAUCUUUAUCGAUGAGGUUGAUGCUAUUGCUACAGCAAGAUUUGAUGCUCAGACUGGAGCUGACAGAGAAGUCCAACGUAUUUUGAUGGAGCUUUUGAACCAGAUGGAUGGAUUUGACCAGACUGUUAACGUUAAGGUAAUAAUGGCGACUAAUCGUGCGGACACUUUGGACCCUGCACUUCUCCGACCAGGAAGGCUUGACCGUAAAAUUGAAUUCCCUUUACCCGAUAGACGACAGAAGAGGCUUGUCUUCCAGGUUUGCACUGCUAAGAUGAAUCUAAGUGAUGAGGUGGACCUUGAAGACUAUGUUUCUCGACCAGAUAAAAUUAGUGCUGCUGAGAUUGCUGCUAUUUGUCAAGAAGCUGGGAUGCAUGCUGUUAGGAAGAACCGCUAUGUUAUACUAGCUAAGGACUUCGAGAAAGGUUACCGUGCCAACGUGAAGAAGCCCGACACUGAUUUUGAAUUCUACAAGUGAUCAUGAGGAAUCGGAGUACUUGAAGACAACAGCAACUCUGUGCAUGAUUAUGUUCCUAAGGAUAUUUGUACUUUGGGUAUUUGUUCUUUUUACCUUUAGAAAUCUCGAAUAUGAUGU